AUGCCGGGAUUCGGCGUGCAGAUUCAAGGACAGCCUGCCGAGCCAACAGUAGCCACGAAGCACCCGGAUAGACUACUUUUGAGCUAUCUUACACAGGAUGGUGUCCGGGUCCAGAGGACCGUCUCAAUUGAAGCCAAUGGUAGCGUCAAACAAACAACAGUCUUAUCGACAUCGGAUUCUUCAACACGAUCUGUUCCAGUUCAAUUAAGUUUCGGAAUGAGUCUGAACCGUGCUUCGUACGGCCAGUUGACUGAAGGCGGACCUAUUCCCCUUCCGGAAUCUUUGAAUUUGUUCCGAGUGGCAAAGGAUGGUAGCAGCUUCACGAUGCAUAACCCCAAUCUCCAGGCAAACGCCGAGGGCAUCCUCAUGGCUGACUCGGCAGACUUCGAAGGGAUGACAUUUCACGAUGACUGGCAGACGUUCCGUGACGAACCUGUUCAGUGUCUGGGAACAGCUUGUGUCAGGCUUACGCCGGGUGUUCCAGUCACAAUCACACUGUCAUUGCGUCUUUACUCCAACUUAUCGUCCGGAACACAUCUCGGUUGUGAGCAGCCCCUGGAUCCCACGUGGAACCUCCAAGAUCCGGUGGCUUUUAACAUCAUUCAUGGAAACCUGCAAUAUGUGCUGGGUAAUUGCACAAUCCCAAUAUCAGAGUCCAGCACCUGUGUCAUAACGGACCAUGUCGCCCUACCUCUCGGUUGGAACAGGGAUAACUAG